ACGUACAUACUGAUAGAAACAACAUUAAACAAGCACUUGAUAAGUACAAGAAAGAUUGGGUAUCUAUUUACUAAAUCUGACAUGAGAAUACGCCGCGGUUUUAUACCUGUGGUAGAUAGAAAUCACCUUUCGGUUUUGUUAAUUAGCAAGAGCGUUACCUUGAAGCCUAGUAUUUACCUAUGGGCAUCUAUGUUAUAUUUUCACAUUUUUCUUUGAUCAUGUAUGUGGAAUAAAACAGGAAGUAUUGCGGAAGUAAACGGUGUUGAGUUGUAUUAUUAGACUCCUAGGGGGAAGGAAGUUUUUUUUCGCGCUAUACACGUGCUGUGCACGGGGCUUAAGACUCCCGGGCACUAGGAUUGCGGUCUAUUCAAACGGAAUGUAGCGGACUUGAACGUGGCAUAACUAAGUAUGCGGUACAUGACUGGAGAGGAGCUAAGGAAGACGCUAGGUUGGUGGCUGGUGCUCUCUGUUUUCGCUGCAGGUGUCGGUCUCACUUACAUGCGUACCUUAGAUUCCUCUCCAUUCGGAUAUAUUACCGUGAAAACCAACGCCACGUAUGAUUACGUCAUUGUGGGAGGAGGGACCUCGGGCAGCGUAUUAGCUAGCAGACUCUCCGAUGACCCCCGACUUACAGUGCUCCUCCUUGAGGCUGGUGGAGAAGAAUCGAUAGAUAUGUGGAACCAUGUACCGCUAUGGAACCCUAUACAGCACGGGUCUCAAGCUGAUUGGGGGUAUCUAACCACGCCUCAGAAACACGCAUGCAAAGCGGCAAAAGGCCAGAAAUGCGCGUUACCGCAAGCUAAAAUUCUCGGCGGAUCCAGCUUGAACAACAAUAUGCUAUAUUCCCGAGGAAGCCCGCAUGACUUUACCACGUGGCCCAGCGACACGAGUAAGACGUGGUCGUGGAAAAAUAUUCUGCCGUAUUUCCUCAAGUCGGAAGAUAUGUUUGACGAAGAUAUGAAACUUUCGGAUUAUCAUUCCACAAAUGGACCCUUGCCAGUAUCAGGUCCUGCGUCGGAGGUAUCGGACCUACACCAAAUGUUUCUUAGCAGUGCACGGGAACUUAAACACAAAACCAUUGACUGUAAUGGACGGGAAAGUGUUGGAUUUUGUCGACUUUCUACUACGGUUAAGGAUGGCGAACGAUUCAGCACUUCGAAAGAUUUUUUGCGACCAACUAUGCACAGGAAAAAUCUACAUGUCACAACCCAUGCCAUUGCUAUAAAGGUUUUGAUUUCGAAGAACAAAGCUGUAGGCGUGGAGUAUGUUAGGAAUGGACAGAAACGUACAGUAGGUGCUAAUAAGGAAGUCAUACUUGCCGGUGGUGCUAUCGGCUCGGCUCAGCUACUUAUGCUGUCAGGUGUCGGGCCCAAAGAUCAAUUGACCAAACUUAAGAUUCCAGUUAUCGCUGACUUACCAGUGGGAUCAAACUUGCAGGAACACGUGGUAUACAAGAUGGAUAUACAAACCAAUGAAUCUGUGGGAGUCACUAGGGAAAUGGUGUUUAAUGCAGUCUCCUACCUGCAAUAUUUAGCUUUAGGGAAAGGUUGGUUAGCAACCAGUGCAGGCAUAUUUGGCAACGCACAGCUCAAGAUGGAUUCGGCAUCAAAACUGAAAGUCGCCGAUGUUCAACUUUCUUUCUCUGCGAUCUCAAAAAAUCUAGCAGAGGAGAAGAAAGAAGAACCGAAAACUAAAACACAUUCCUCCACACCACAGAGUAACGCUACUACAGUCGCCAAUGGUUUUACGAUAACUGUCGAACUGCUACAUCCCGACAGCAGGGGAAGGGUGAGGUUAGACUCUAACAAUCCCUUCGUACCUCCUCUCAUCGACCCCAGUUAUUUAUCCAACCAAAAAGACAUCCAGACCCUCAUUAAAGCGAUAAAAGUUGCGCAAUCAUUUUUAUCUACAUCGUCUUUUCGAGCAAUCAAAGCACGACUAUUUGACAAACCAUAUUCCCCGUGUAUCCAGCACAAAAUCAAGAGUGAUGCAUACUGGGAGUGCGUUCUACGUCAUCAAGCUGUGGGCAAUGGCCAGCUGACGUCAACAUGCUCAAUGGGGUCAGCAGGCAGCGAACGAGCAAUUGUUGAUACUUCCUUAAGGGUGCGGAACAUUACCAGUCUAAGAGUUGUUGACGCCAGUGUGAUGCCUUCAAGCGUAUCUGGAGAUAUUACAGCCACAAAGAUUAUGAUAGCCGAGAAAGCCGCGGAUCUGAUACGGGGACACGAAAGUGUGAGAUUUUAUAGAAGACUGUCAGAACGCGUUUUGGCAUCCACUUAGUUUAGUUUCAAUAUUCAGUAAGAUGGAAAUUGUGUUAGCCUUUCUCCGCAUGCUUUUAAAGUUACAGAGUAUAACAUAUCCUAAAUGCGGCGAAGAGGAUAAAAUCAAAGCAGUAAAAAGUGUGAAAUGUGAGUUCAGAUAUGGAGAGAUGCCGAGCACGCACGGGAUAACUGAAUGCUAUGGAUCGAUGAAAUAGAGACAUUCUUAGAAUCGACAAAGGCGUUGCCAUUCUAUACCAUGUGUUAAUGUGUCAUGACGUUGAACGAGUUGGAAAAAAGUCCUAAAGUGAGAGCUUGCUUUAUGUACGAAUGUCUGACCCAUCUGUUUACCUGCUUACUUAUGAAAACAACAUGCAAACGGUCAACAGGAGAUACAGAAGUAGUUAAGUUGAAAAAAAGUCCGAAAUAAAGAACUCCUAUUUUUUAGCGUUAUUGUACAUAAAUCUGAGACGACAUUAAUUCACUUAUAGAAUGUAUUUCACAUACACGUGCUGAUAUAGUUGUGAACUAUUACUAUGCACCGCUUAAUGAACUGCCGCUGAUUAAAGCAAGUUAUUGCGAUAUAUAAGUCCAUGACAGAGUGGAAAUGUAAAAGGUAUGCCGACCCGGCCUAAAAUCAUGUAUAUAUUUAACUGUAUGUUCAAGAUAUGCAGGUUAUCGAUAGAUGUACAAUUUGUUUGUGCUCAAAGGUCGUUUAAUGUUACAUUAGUACCAUGUAUGGUGUAUCGUAGUCUAAACAAUGACACAGUGAAACUGACAAUAAUAGGGAAUAACGCAUUUAAUAGGAAUAAUUUUGAUUUCUGCCAUACUUCUGUUAUAUAAGAAUUGAUGACGUGGCCAUACUUUAUACUUGUUCUGUCCUCGACUGUUAUGAUUAUAAUCAAGAUUUCCUUUCCCAUAGACACAUUUCAGAACCAUAGGGCAAAGUCGGUGAAUUCUGGAAAUAUGCAUCACGGAGUACGUGUACUUAUACAAUCUGAUCCUACUAUAACUUUGUAUCUGCGUCUCCUUUCUGUUCAGUCUUUUCUGACACCUUGUCAGCAUACCCAUUUGAUUCCAUCUCUAUCGCCGACUUUAUCUCAUUGCUUGAGCCAUUUUCGUUCAUGUAUGCGUCAUUCACGUAAACGUCUUUUUCGUUUUCCUCCGAAACUUUCCUGCAGAGAAAUAGUGUAAAAUUUCAUGAGAAAUUGUUUCAUAUAUAUAAAAAAUUAUGUAUAUUAUUUUUAAGGUUGUGGGUCUGUUAUGGCAGUCGGCAAUUUCCGUGUGGAUACGUAUUCUUCUCCUUAGGCGACCCGACAUUCUCCGGACGUGAAUUAGCUCGACAGUACAUGGCUGUCCGUAAAAUACCGGAGAAUGACAAAAUCGCCUACGGAGAAUGAGUAAUUACGUCCACUACCUUAACAGUAACAUGAAUACAAAGAUAUUAAAAGUGUGGCUGUGUAAUCAGCGUUUAUAGUGUUUAGAUAAAGUUAUAUAUUUUCUGUAAAACUAAAAUAUAACAUGUCACAAUACCAUUGCAAUUUUAUGUCUUUACCACAAUUUAUAUCUUUACCCAUUUUGCAUUCCAUGACCUAAAUAUAAAAUUAUGAAAAAAUACAAAUAAAAAAAAAUGAUCUAGAUACCUGACCUAUCCAUCCUAUGUAGUUGUGACAAUAUAUUUUGAUCUUACAAAAAAUAUAAUGUAUUAGGUGUACAAUUGAAUUCAGUUAAUUUAUGUUUUAGUUUAAAUGUCGUGUAACGAACAGUAGACCUGUAUUUUGUUAGAUAAAUGUAUUAAAACCAGAUUUCUAAUUUCCA